GCGGCGCUGCGCGCGGCUCGGCGCGUCCCUGCCCGGCCGCCGUCGCGCUCCCGGCUGCCGCGGGCCUCGUCGGCCGCGAGCCCACAGGUGCCCCGUCUGCCAGCAUGAGCCUCUUCAACCUCGACCGCUUCCGCUUCGAGAAACGGAAUAAGCUCGAGGGUGCCCCCGAGGCCGCCCCCCUGGCCGCCCCGCCGGGCCCCUCGUCGCCCAUUUCCCUCAGUGCCGAGGAGGAGAACGAGGAGGGGAGCCGGCCCGGGACCCCCGACUCCGACGUCACUGAGAAAACAGAAGAUUCGAGUGUUCCGGAAACUCCCGAGAAUGAGCGGAAAGCCAGCGUCUCCUACUUCAGGAGCCAGAAGGGAAUCCAGUACAUCGACCUGUCCUCUGACACGGAGGAGGCCGCGUCCCCAAACUGCUCCAGCGCCCUGCAGGAGAAGGCGCCCGGCAGAGACACCGUGAUCAUCGUCUCGGAACCGUCAGAGGAUGAGGGGUCCCCGGGGCCCCCGGCCGUGGCAGGAGGCAGCGAGGGUGACAUCUCAGAGCUGGACGACAUCAAGGACGCGAAGCUGCAGACCCUGAAGGAGCUCUUCCCGCAGAGGAGCGACGCCGACCUGCUCAAGCUGAUUGAGUCCACGAGCACCAUGGACGGAGCCAUCGCCGCCGCCUUGCUGAUGUUCGGGGACGCAGAGGGCGGCGGGCCCAGGAAGCGGAAGUUAUCUUCCUCUCCCGAGCGGUAUGUGGAAGACGACUUCAGCGACGAGCAGUCCCUGAAGAAGAAGAAGCUGGACCAUGGCGGCGACUCCCCGGGGCCACACGCCGAGUGGCACCCGCAGCAGAACCACGUGGACCCCCAGCCGUGGACGCCGGACGCCCAGGACCCUGUGGGCGGAAAGGAGGAGGAGUCCAGCGGGGCUGCGGAGCCGAGCGGCAGCUGGGAGGAGCAGGAAAGUAUCGUACUGAAACUGCAGAAGGAAUUUCCCAAUUUCGACAAGCAGGAGCUGAGGGACGUGCUCAGGGAGCAUGAGUGGAUGUACACCGAAGCCUUGGAGUCCCUGAAAGUGUUCGCAGAAGACCAAGACACGCAGUAUUCCUCGCGGGGCGACUUUCCCAACGGGAAGGAAGUUUCCUCGAGGAGUCAGAGUUUCCCCAAGACUGCGACUAAGAAACUGAAGCAGAAAUGUGCCCUGAAGCCCCAGAACGGCUUCAGCAAGAAACGUAAAAAACACGUGUGCAACCCGAAGCGGGCCCUGGAGGACUCCGAGUACGACUCGGGCUCGGACGCGGGCAGCUCGCUGGACCAGGACUACAGCAGCGGGGAGGAGGUGGUGGGCGACGGCUACCAGGGCAAGAUCCUGCACUUCCUCCAGGACGCCUCAGUCGGCGAGCUCACCCUCAUCCCCCAGUGCUCGCAGAAGAAGGCCCAGAAGAUCACGGAACUCCGGCCCUUUAACAGCUGGGAAGCUCUGCUCACGAAGAUGUCCAAGACCAACGGGCUGUCGGAGGACCUGAUCUGGCACUGCAAGACGCUGAUCCAGGAGCGGGACGUGGUCAUCCGGCUCAUGAACAAGUGCGAGGACAUCUCCAACCGGCUGACCAAGCAGGUCACCAUGCUGACCGGGAGCGGGGGCGGCUGGAACACCGAGCAGCCGUCCAUCCUCAACCAGAGCCUGUCGCUCAAGCCCUACCAGAAGGUCGGGCUGAACUGGUUGGCCCUGGUGCACAAGCACGGGCUGAACGGCAUCUUGGCAGACGAGAUGGGCCUAGGAAAAACUAUUCAAGCCAUUGCAUUCCUGGCAUACCUAUACCAAGAGGGUAAUAAAGGGCCUCAUUUGAUCGUAGUGCCGGCCUCAACUAUAGAUAACUGGCUCCGGGAGGUGCAGCUGUGGUGCCCGGCGCUGAAGGUGCUCUGUUACUACGGUUCCCAGGAGGAGCGCAAGCAGAUCCGGUACAACAUACACAGUAAAUACGAGGAGUACAACGUGAUCGUGACCACGUACAACUGUGCCAUCAGCAGCUCCGACGACCGCAGUCUGUUCCGAAGGCUGAAGCUCAAUUACGCCAUCUUCGACGAGGGCCACAUGCUGAAAAACAUGGGCUCCAUCCGUUACCAGCAUCUCAUGACGAUUAACGCGAGCAACCGUCUGCUGCUCACGGGGACCCCGGUGCAGAACAACCUGCUGGAGCUCAUGUCGCUGCUGAACUUCGUCAUGCCGCACAUGUUCAGCAGCAGCACCGGCGAGAUCCGCAGGAUGUUCUCCUCCAAGACGAAAUCCGCAGACGAGCAAAGUAUAUACGAGAAGGAGAGAAUAGCGCAUGCAAAGCAAAUAAUAAAGCCAUUUAUUCUCAGGAGAGUAAAGGAAGAGGUUCUCAAGCAGCUGCCCCCAAAGAAAGAUCGCAUUGAGCUGUGUGCCAUGUCCGAGAAGCAGGAGCAGCUGUACCUGAGUCUUUUCAACAGGAUGAAGAAGUCUAUCAACAACCUGGAGAGGAACACGGAGAUGUGCAACGUCAUGAUGCAGCUGCGGAAGAUGGCCAACCACCCGCUGCUGCACCGCCAGUACUACACGCCCGAGAAGCUCCGGGACAUGGCCCAGCUCAUGCUGAAGGAACCGACGCAUCGUGAGGCCAACCCUGACCUGAUUUUUGAAGAUAUGGAAGUUAUGACGGACUUUGAAUUAAACGUACUUUGUAAACAGUAUCGACACAUUAAUAACUUCCAGUUAGACAUGGAUUUGAUCUUAGAUUCUGGGAAGUUUCGAGUUCUAGGAUGCAUCUUGUCUGAACUGAAACAGAAGGGCGACAGAGUCGUCCUGUUCAGCCAGUUCACCAUGAUGCUGGACAUCCUGGAGGUCCUCCUGAAGCACCACCAGCACAGGUACCUGAGGCUGGACGGAAAGACCCAGAUCUCAGAGAGAAUUCAUCUGAUCGAUGAGUUUAACACCGACAUGGAUAUCUUUGUGUUCCUGCUGUCAACAAAAGCUGGGGGCCUGGGAAUCAACCUGACGUCCGCCAACGUCGUCAUUCUGCACGACAUCGACUGCAACCCGUACAACGACAAGCAGGCGGAGGACCGGUGCCACAGGGUCGGCCAGACCAAAGAAGUGCUGGUCAUCAAGCUCAUAAGCCAAGGGACGAUUGAGGAGUCCAUGCUCAAGAUCAACCAGCAGAAGCUGAAGCUGGAGCAGGACAUGACGACCGCUGACGAAGGGGACGAGGGCAGCGUGCCCGCCGACAUCGCCACACUGCUCAGGACGUCCAUGGGCCUGUGAGGCCGAGCCUGGAGGGAGGACGCCACCACCGGGGUGCCCACAAGGCCGACGGCACGCACAGCUCUCCUGGUUUCCACACGGCCUUUCUCAAAGCUGGGUGACUCUUCCGCCCCUGACGGAAUUCUCCGGAUGCUUCGUAAGGACUCGGGGGCGGGGGGAGCGAGGGCCGCGGCUCGGGGGCCGAGGACGUCGAGGAGUCACUUUGCAAACAGUUUUUCUGCGCGGGGUUAGUUGGUGAUUGUUUGUAACAGAUACGCUGAUGCUUUAGAAAUGUCAGUAUUUUUGUAAUUAUUUCUACCUCCAAAUAUAUAUAUAUUGUCUUUCACUGGA